UCGUCUUUAUGAGCUGACCAGAGGCUAGGGUCUGUUUAGAGGGUUCUGGGGCCAUCUUGAGAUCUUGAGAUAUGUCCCAGGGGUGAAGGAGAUCUGCAAGAGCUGGAGAGUAUCUGCAGAGCCAACUGUAGCGUCUGGGCUACGUCUGUUAGGGCUGCGAAGUGUCUGCAUAGGCUGACCUGAGGAUGCGCUCACCUACAUUGGUCUGGGGCCAUACAGCUGGGCCUGGAAGAACUGUUUCAGGGUUAGGAAAUCUUUUAUAGCCACCCAGAGAAGCGGGAUGUACCCACUAAGGAAGGGAGGCAAAUAUGGAGAUGUGCUUAGAGGCCUGGAUGGCUCUCCAACUUUCUGGGGAGUGUCUAAUCUGGGUGACAGGAGGCUGGGGGCAGUUAGAAGGACCUGGAACCAUCUAGGUGGCUUUGAGUGUGACUGCAAGAGUGCAGUCUCUAUGCCUGGAGCAAAUUCGGAUGCCUUUGGGGGCCAGAUAAUUGCGUAGAGAAUAAGACAAUGAAGAGUGUUGGAAAUUUUGCCCAGCUGUAUAGUACUUGCCCUUUAGAGAGUAAUUCAAAUGCAAAAUGUUGAAAAAUUCUCUGUGACCCUGAGGCUACAGAGAGAGUUAUAGUUAGCCCCCUUUGGCCUGGGAAAGUCUAUAGGAUUGUCUAGCGUCAUCUAGUGCCAUGCUUUUCAAACUCUUGACCUUGAUCUACAGUGAGAAAUACAUUUUUUCAUUUGAGACCCAGCGUACACAGUCAUAUGAAUUUAAUACUCAAGUCCCAUUAAUUAAUAUUUCCAUUUGUGAUGUAUUGUGAAGAAUCUUCUACUGUGUUUGAUUUGCUUUCAUAACAAGCUAUUUGUGAAACUAAACUGUUACCAAGACAAUAGUUUGGGAAACUGAUCUACAGGGACCUAGCAUUGUCUGCAGAGCCUUCUCGGGUCUAAAAGACCCAAGGAGCCGAGGGUGUGUCUGCAAAGCCUGGGGCAUGUCUAAAUGCACAAGGGAGGAUCUUCAUACCCCAGAGGGUUUGGGGCUCUGUGGGGCUGUAGUCAGCAAAUCUUGAUUAAGCUUCUCUUACGGGACAGACACUUUUCCGGUUCAACGCAGCAUGUGCUACCCCCCACCUCCUAUCCCCAGAGGUGCUGGAGAGCAGCUCCAGGCCUGGGAACAUCCAGAGGGGCUUAUCAGGGUGUCUUAUGAGAGGUGUCUAUGGGAGUUAGGGAAGGAGCUGCAGGCUCUUAGAGAGCUGGGAGGCAGCAUGGAAGAGCUUUUUGAAAAUCUGGUAGGAGGGAGACCCGGGACCAGGGUCUCUCUUUCUUUUUUUUUUGCAGCUCUGCAACUGAGAGUGUGCUGGAGACCUAAGUAGGGGAAACCUGGGCGUUAAAAGCUAAGAAUAAUUAUUGUUACUCUGUAUAGAGGGCUUGGGCUGUUAACUCUGUGUCAGGAGUCAGUCUCCUUUCAAUUCUCCCAGGCUUUCUCUGAGUUAGAUACUCCUAUUGGGCCCACUUAGAGAUAAGUGGGGAAUCAGGGGUUAGGGGUGUUGAAGCUUUCUAGGAACCGUGGGACCAGCACUAUUUUCAGAGUAGGAGAUUUGACGGUUGCAGGGGAGCCUACAGCUGAAAUAUUCAUAUUUUCUGAAGCCCUAAUCAAGACCCCCAUCAGUCUGAAGAGUGAUCUUUCAACUUCCAUAUAACCUAAGAAUUUAUGUGCCAUUGCAAAGCCUUCAGCCGCGCAGAUAGGUGAUCUGCAGGGGUCAGAUGGGUGAUCAGAGGGUGCUCCCUGUGGUAUCUGGUGGACAGCAUUUCCAAAGUUCGUGUUUUCAUUUUCAAAGUGGUAUACUGGAUUUUGUAGGUCAUUCUAGUUCCGUCUUCCAUGUGUAAAUAUAUUCUGUUGGGUCCCUUACCAUCGAGGAAAAUCGAUGCUUUAGGAAGCGAUGUGGUGUUUGAGGCACACUCAGCACACAGGCACGUAUCUCAGUUGGGGAAAGAUGGGUUUAGGAGACUUCGGGAUGCAGUGUUUGAAAUCACAACUCAACAGAAAAAGUCUUGGCUCCCAUGAAGGCAAGCUUCCAUGAGGUGUUAAAGUUUCGUUGUGGGGGAAGCUGCGGGAACUGGGGUGUGGUGUGUGGAAAUAGGCUGGGAAGGCCUCCUUUGACAGAGGUGGCAACUGAAAUUCAGACGAGGGGAGAGAGUUGCUCCAGUCCCUCUAGUGUCUGCACUGGGCCUGGUACUUGCCCAGGCCUGGGAUGAGGUGGAGGAGGGGAGAGAUGCUGAAGGGGAUGCUUAAGGGGGAUGCAGUGUUGGAGGCCCCUGAGGUCCUCACGUCCAUCUUCUCCGUGCACCACCUGACGCUACCAUGUCCUGCCCACCAGCCUCUACUCCACACUCUCCCCACCUCCACCCCCAGGUGACCAUGGAGGAAGAAGAUGAGUCUCGAGGGAAGACAGAGGAGUCAGGCGAGGAUCGGGGUGAUGGUCCACCAGACAGAGACCCUACGCUUUCUCUUUCUGCUUUUAUCUUGCGGGCCAUUCAGCAGGCGGCGGGAAGUUCCCUGCAGGGGGAUCUGCCAAAUGAUAAAGAUGGCUCUCUGUGUCAUGGCCUUCGAUGGAGGCGCUGCCGGAGCCCACGGUCAGAGCCCCGUUCCCAGGAAUCAGGGGGGACUGACACGGCUACUGUGUUGGACGUGGCUGCUGACGGCCUCCUCGUGGGGCUGGUGAGCGUCCUGGAUCCCCCAGAUACCUGGGUUCCCAGCCACCUGGACCUGCGGCCUGGCGAAAGCGAGGACAUGCUGGAGCUGGUGGCCGAGGUCCGAAUUGGGGACAGGGAUCCGGUCCCUCUUCCCGUACCCAGCCUGCUGCCCCGCCUCAGGGCCUGGAGGACGGGCAAAACGGUUUCUCCGCAGUCUCACUCUUCCCGACCCACCUGUGCCCGCCACCUCCUCACCCUGGGCACCGGAGACGGGGGCCCUGCCCCACCCCCUGCCCCCUCCUCUGCAUCCUCCUCACCUUCCCCUUCCCCCUCAUCAUCCUCUCCUUCCCCGCCUCCCCCUCCACCACCACCAGCCCCUCCGGCCCCUCCUGCACCCCGGUUCGAUAUCUAUGACCCCUUCCACCCCACCGACGAGGCCUAUUCCCCACCACCUGCUCCGGAACAGAAGUACGACCCCUUUGAGCCCACUGGCUCCAACCCCAGCUCAUCGGCGGGGACCCCCUCACCUGAGGAGGAGGAGGAGGAGGAAGAGGAGGAAGAAGAGGAGGAGGAAGGCCUGUCCCAGAGCAUCAGCCGCAUCUCGGAGACCCUGGCGGGCAUCUACGAUGAUAACAGCCUGAGCCAGGACUUCCCAGGUGACGAGAGCCCCGGCCCGGACCCCCAGCCCCUGCAGCCGACUCCAGCCCCUGCCACACCGCCCCAGGCCGACUCCACCCGGGCCGACGGAGCCACCCGCAGGCGAGUCUUUGUGGUGGGGACGGAGGCGGAGGCCUGUCGGGAAGGCAAGGUCUCCGUGGAGGUGGUGACAGCCGGUGGAGCCGCCCUCCCACCGCCGCUGCUGCCGCCGGGCGACUCAGAGAUUGAAGAGGGCGAGAUCGUCCAGCCCGAGGAGGAGCCCAGGAUGGCGCCCUCCCUCUUCCGGGCCGGCGGCCGGGCCGCACGACCCCCUCCCGCGGCCCCGGCCCCCGCCGCGGCCCAGCCCCCGCCCCCGCCGCCCGCCCCCCGGGCGCCCGAGGGGGACGACUUCCUGUCGCUGCACGCGGAGUCCGACGGCGAGGGCGCCCUGCAGGUGGACCUGGGGGAGCCGGCCCCCGCCCCGCCCGCCGCAGACGCGCGCUGGGGCGGCCUGGACCUGCGCCGCAAGAUCCUGACGCAGCGGCGCGAGCGCUACCGGCAGCGCUCGCCCUCCCCGGCCGCCGCCCCCGCCGCCGCCGCCGCCCCCGCCGGCCCGCCCACCCGCAAGAAGUCGAGGCGGGAGCGCAAGCGGAGCGGCGGCGACGCCAAGGAGGCCGCCUCGUCCUCCUCCGCUGCGCAGCCCGCCGCGCCGGCCCCGGCCUCCCCCUGGGACUCCAAGAAGCACCGCUCCCGGGACCGCAAGCCGGGCUCCCACGCCUCGUCGUCCGCCCGCCGCCGCUCGCGGUCCCGCUCCGCCCGCCGCCGCUCGCGGAGCACCGACCGGCGCCGCGGGGGCAGCCGCAGGUCCAGGUCCCGGGAGAAGAGGCGGCGGCGGCGGCGCUCAAACUCCCCGCCCCCGGCCACCUCCUCGUCGUCGUCCUCCAGGCGUGAGCGGCACCGCGGCAAGCACCGGGAUGGCGGCGGCAGCAAGAAGAAGAAGAAGCGGUCGCGGUCCCGGGGCGAGAAGCGGUCUGGGGACAGUGAGAAGGGCCCUGCCCCGGCCCAGCCGCCCUCCGGCUCCACCUCCUUGGGCGGAGAGCGAGACAGCCGCCGCCGGGGGGCCGUGCCGCCCUCCAUCCAGGACCUCACGGACCACGAUCUCUUCGCCAUCAAGCGGACCAUCACCGUGGGCCGGCCGGACAAGCCUGACCCCCGAGGUCCCUCACCGGCUCCGGCCUUGUCGCCCAAGCGCGAGGUCCUGUACGACUCAGAGGGACUGAGCGCCGAGGAGCGGGGCGGCAAGAGCAGUGAGAAGGACCGGCGCCGCUCCGGGGCUGCCUCCUCCUCGUCUUCCUCCCGGGAGAAGGGAUCGCGGAGGAAGGCGCUGGAUGGGGGGGAUCGGGACCGGGACAGGGACAGAGAUAGGGACAGGGACAGGUCAUCCAAGAAGGCCCGGCCCCCCAAGGAGUUGGCCCCCUCCUCAGGGCCCCCGCCAAAGCCACCGGUCAGCAGCGGCUCAGGCUCCUCGUCCUCGUCGUCAUCCUCAUCCUCCCGGAAGGUGAAGCUGCAGUCCAAGGUGGCAGUGCUGAUCCGAGAGGGUGUCAGCAGCACCACACCGGCCAAGGAGGCCACUUCUGCCGGCCUGGGUUCUAUCGGAGUCAAGUUCAGCCGAGACCGAGAGAGCCGCUCCCCCUUCCUCAAGCCAGAUGAGCGGGCCCCUGCUGAGGUGGCCAAAGCAGCUCAGGGCAGCACCAAGCCCAAAAAGACCAAGGUCAAGGCCAAGGCUGGGGCCAAGAAAGCCAAGGGGACCAAGGGAAAGACCAAGCCAUCCAAGACCAGGAAAAAGAUCCGCAGCGGGGGCAGCAGCGGGGGCAGCAGCGGCCCUGUGACGCUGAAGAAGUCCAAGGCGGAUAGCUGCAGCCAGGCGGCGGGCACCAAGGGGGCCGAGGAGCCCUCCUGGUCUGGGGAAGAGCGGGCAGCCAAGGCCCCUAGCACCCCACCCCCCAAGGCGGCCCCUCCACCCCCCGCGCUCACGCCCGAUUCGCAGACUGUGGAUAGCAGCUGCAAGACACCCGAGGUCUCCUUCUUGCCAGAAGAGGCUGCUGAGGAGGCUGGGGUCCGAGGUGGGGCGGAGGAGGAGGAGGAGGAAGAAGAGGAGGAGGAGGAGGAGGAGGAGCAGCAACCGGCCACCACCACGGCCACCAGCACAGCUGCCGCCGCUCCAAGCACCGCCCCUAGUGCGGGGUCCACAGCUGGUGACUCGGGGGCGGAGGAUGGGCCUGCUCCCCGUGUCUCCCAGCUGCCCACACUGCCCCCACCCAUGCCCUGGAACCUGCCCGCUGGUGUGGACUGCACUACCAGUGGCGUCCUGGCCUUGACUGCACUUCUCUUCAAGAUGGAAGAAGCCAAUCUGGCAAGCCGAGCAAAGGCCCAGGAGCUGAUCCAGGCCACCAACCAGAUCCUCAGCCACAGGAAGCCCCCCUCAAAUCUAGGGGUGACGCCAGCUCCUGUGCCCACCUCUCUGGGUCUGCCCCCUGGCCCUUCCAGCUACCUGCUCCCUGGCAGCCUCCCCCUGGGGGGCUGUGGCUCUACCCCUCCCACCCCCACCGGGCUGGCUGCAGCAUCUGACAAGAGAGAGGGCAGCAGCAGCUCCGAGGGACGUGGGGACACAGACAAGUAUCUCAAGAAGCUGCACACACAGGAGCGGGCAGUGGAGGAGGUGAAGCUGGCCAUCAAGCCGUAUUAUCAGAAGAAGGACAUCACCAAGGAGGAAUACAAGGACAUCCUGAGGAAGGCCGUCCACAAGAUCUGCCACAGCAAAAGUGGGGAGAUCAACCCGGUGAAGGUGAGCAACCUGGUGCGCGCCUACGUCCAACGCUACCGCUACUUCCGCAAGCACGGCCGCAAGCCAGGGGACCCCCCGGGGCCCCCGAGGCCGCCCAAGGAGCCGGGACCUCCUGACAAGGGCGGCCCGGGCCUGCCCCUGCCCCCUCUCUGAGAUACCCAGCCGCCCCUUUCUUCCUUCGCCGCCUCUCUGGAAUUCUGGACGUAUUUAUGGCUCUGCCUCCCUACGUCCCUCCCCCAUCAGUGGGAUGACUGGGGGAGGGUUGCUGCGGGAACGAGGAGAGCCCCCCUGCCCAGCCCCAUGCCCAUCUCCCUCGCCCUGGAGCCUGUGCCCAUUGCCCCUCCCCUCUGUUCGUGUCCCUCCCCCAAUUUCAUUAAAGAUUUCAUGAAAUGUUA